CGGGUCCGCCGCGGGGCUCGGGCGCGGGCCGGGGGUGCGGGGUCGUGCGUCCUGCCCCCUCGGGGCCCGGGGUCACGGCGCAUCCCGGGCCGCAGCCCCGCGCCCUCCGCCCUGGCUGUACACCCGUCCGGGUUCCUGUCCCGCUGUCCCCGUCCCCUCCCCGGGCUCAGGGUGGUGAGACAUCUCUUUGGAAUCUGCGUUGCUGUUCCUCAACGUCUGCAAAGACUGUGGUAAUUAGUUAAGUAAUUCAACAAACGGACCCUUCUGUGUCAGAAACGAAGGGAUUGCUACCCACUGGAAGGGGCAGACCCACUGGACUGGAAGACUGGGAAGUCCAGGCCCAGAGCAGUGUGACGCUGCCUUCUGCGACCAUGAAACUCUGGGUGUCCACGUUGCUGGUGGCUUGGUUGGGUGUCCUGGGCUGCGUGCAAGCUGAAUUCUUCACCUCUAUCGGACACAUGACGGACCUGAUUUACGCAGAGAAGGACCUGGUGCAGUCUCUGAAGGAGUACAUCCUUAUGGAGGAAGCCAAGCUCUCCAAGAUUAAGAGCUGGGCCGACAAAAUGGAAGCUCUGACCAGCAAAUCGGCUGCUGACCCCGAGGGCUACCUGUCCCACCCUGUGAAUGCCUACAAACUGGUGAAGCGGCUGAACACAGAGUGGCCUGAGCUGGAGGGCCUUGUCCUGCAGGACUCGGCCGCAGGUUUUAUUGCCAACCUCUCAAUUCAGCGACAGUUCUUCCCUACUGAUGAGGAUGAAAUGGGAGCCGCCAAGGCCCUGAUGAGGCUUCAGGACACAUACAAGCUGGAUUCAGACACGAUUUCCAAAGGGGAACUUCCAGGAACCAAGUACCAGGCAGUGAUGAGUGCAGAUGACUGCUUUGGGAUGGGUCGCUCGGCCUACAAUGACGGGGACUAUUACCACACGGUGCUAUGGAUGGAGCAGGUGCUGAAGCAACUCGAUGCUGGGCAAGAGGCCGUCAGCACCAAGGCCCAGGUGCUGGACUACCUGAGCUAUGCCGUCUUCCAGUUGGGUGACCUGCACCGCGCCCUGGAGCUCACCCGCCGCCUGCUGUCUCUUGACCCGAGCCAUGAACGAGCUGGAGGGAAUCUGCGAUACUUUGAACAGUUGUUGGAGGAAGAAAGAGAGAAAAUGGUAUCAAAUCAGACCAAAGCUGAGCAGGAGACCCAGGACAGCAUCUACGAGAGGCCCUCGGACUACCUGCCCGAGAGGGAUGUCUAUGAGAGCCUCUGUCGUGGGGAGGGUGUCAAACUGACACCCCAGAGGCAGAAGAGGCUUUUCUGUAGGUACCACCACGGCCACGGGACGCCCCAGCUGCUCAUCGCCCCCUUCAAGGAGGAGGACGAGUGGGACAGCCCGCACAUCGUCAGGUACUACGAUGUCAUGUCCGACGAGGAGAUCCAGAGGAUCAAGGAGCUCGCGAAACCCAAACUCGCACGAGCCACUGUUCGAGAUCCCAAGACAGGCAUCCUCACCGUGGCCAGCUACAGGGUUUCCAAAAGCUCCUGGCUGGAGGAGGGCGAUGAUCCCGUGGUGGCACGAGUGAACCGCCGGAUGCAGCACAUCACAGGGCUAACAGUAAAGACCGCAGAAUUGCUGCAGGUUGCUAAUUACGGAAUGGGAGGACAGUACGAGCCGCAUUUUGACUUCUCCCGGAACGAUGAGCAAGAUGUUUUCAAGCAUUUAGGGACGGGGAACCGUGUGGCCACAUUCUUAAACUACAUGAGCGACGUAGAAGCUGGGGGUGCCACUGUCUUUCCUGAUCUGGGAGCCGCAAUUUGGCCCAAGAAGGGCACAGCAGUUUUCUGGUACAACCUCUUGCGGAGCGGGGAAGGCGACUACCGAACGAGGCACGCUGCCUGCCCCGUGCUUGUGGGCUGCAAGUGGGUCUCCAAUAAGUGGUUCCAUGAACGAGGACAGGAGUUCUUGAGGCCGUGUGGAUCAACAGAAGUUGACUGACAUCCUUUCCCACCCUUCCUCUUCCUGCCCCAACAGCCCUUUGUCUGCAAGUUCAACGUGGCAAACACCUUUGUAUUCCAGCCUCUGUCAGGCGGGUCUUUGGAGUAGUGAAGGUUUGUCUGGAGUGGACCAAGCGGACAGGGGAGGGUCCUGGGUGGCCUGGGUCCCGGCCUUUCUGGUCAUCCUGUGCCAUCUUGGGUCAGAGCAGCUGCCGCAGUCAGGUUGUCCAGCACCUAGCCAGGUGCCUUUGUACCUCAGAUGCUCUGGGUGUGAGGUGUCUCAGUGAACCAGAGUUCUGAUACCUUGUUUACAUGUUUGUUUUUAUGGUGUUUCUGUUAAUGUGGCUUUAACCAAAAAAUAAAACGUCCUUGCCAGAAGCCUUAAA